CUGACGAGCUGAGAGAACGGACUCAAUAAAAAUCCCUGGAGCUGCGCGUGCAUGAUGACCUAGAAAUGGAACACAUAGGGCGCGUGCAUAGGAGGCGUGUGGGUGGGCACUGUGCACGUUGUUGAUUGCGUAGCACAUCAAGACGUCGCAAUUGGUGAUUUAAAGGGGAAGUUUUAAUGAAAUGCACGUUGCCUCGCGCGUUAUGACCAAUUAUUUUUAGACGAUUUGGCGACCUUCCAACCUGCCAACUACAUCAACGUGUCAUUAGGAUCAGCAUUGAUAAACCAUUAGAAAGGCGCGCGUGGCAAACGGAGGUGGGAGGGGUGGAGGGGCGCUGGGGGGGGAGGCGGGGUAGUCGUGUCCUCCAUCAACAUUCUCAACAAUCAUCUUUUUUUUUUUUUUUGUAUUAUUGGAGUGGUCCUUCGUGCGUGUGUAAGAGCGAUAGGCGGACCUCUGUCCUCUUCACAUCCCACUUUGGAGGAGAUUACAGCCGCCAUAGAGUAAAAAGGUGGUGGUGGGGGGGAACACAUGACAUUAACGCAGGGGACGUUGGACGGGCAGGACCACACGCCACUGGCUCGAGGCGGAGGAAGCUCUCGUGUGGACAUAUUCCACAGUUGGAGGACACUUGGACUUCUCCGGUAAGACACCGACGAGCUAACUAUCGUAUUGCGGAAAACAAGAAGCGUAUCCCCCCAGCCACAACUGAAAGGGGUUUCUGCAGCCGCGUCCUUUGCGUCGACAUCCGUCAUCCGGGCGGCAGACAAGACAUGGGUGAGGACAAACCUGCCGAGAGCGCGGACAGCGCCCCUGCUGAGAUGAAUGCCAUUCCUAACGGGAAGGGUCACGAGACGGGGGAUGAGAUCACCGCUUCGGCCAAAACAUCGCCUGCGGAAGACGGAGCCAAGGAAUCCAACAGCCCCCAGAAUGUUAGUCCACACAGAACCGAGAACACGGAGGCCAACCUCCCAGAGGGCCAGGAGUGCUUAUCACGCGGCGACAACAAGAAUACGACGACAUUUACCGACUUUGAGGGAAAAACCUCAUUCGGGAUGUCCGUCUUCAAUUUGGGCAACGCUAUCAUGGGAAGCGGAAUCCUGGGACUGGCGUACGCCAUGGCCAACACGGGGGUGGUCCUCUUUUUGGUCCUCCUUACGGCGGUGGCAGUACUUUCCUCAUAUUCAAUUCACUUACUGCUCAAGUCUUCUGGUAUUGUAGGUAUCCGUGCUUAUGAGCAGCUGGGCUACAGAGCGUUUGGCACUCCCGGGAAGAUGGCGGCAGGCAUCGCCAUCACGCUGCAGAACAUCGGAGCCAUGUCCAGUUACCUGUACAUCGUCAAGUAUGAGUUCCCGCUGGUCAUCCAGGCCUUCCUCAAGGUGGACAAGCCUGCAGGUGAAUGGUACCUGAACGGCAACUACCUCGUGAUCAUCGUGUCCAUCGCCAUCAUCCUGCCGCUGGCGCUCAUGAAGCAGCUAGGGUACCUGGGAUACACCAGCGGCUUCUCCCUGAGCUGCAUGGUCUUCUUCCUCAUCUCGGUCAUCUACAAGAAGUUCAACACCCCCUGUCCGUUUGUGGACUUCGCCAUCAACGCCAUGGCCGCCGGACCCAACGUCACGCUUCCCGGCGGGGAGGACGACCCCGCUUGCGUUCCCAAAAUGGCCAACCUCAACUCGCAAACCGCCUACACCAUCCCCAUCCUGGCCUUUGCCUUUGUGUGCCACCCUGAGGUCCUGCCCAUCUACACAGAGCUACGCAACCCCACCAAGAAAAAGAUGCAGCACGUGGCCAACAUCUCCAUCGCAGUCAUGUACAUCAUGUAUUUCCUGGCUGCUCUCUUUGGAUACCUGACCUUCUAUGGGGAAGUGGAGGCGGAGCUGCUUCACACGUACAGUCGCAUCGACCCGUACGACACGCUGAUUCUGUGCGUGCGAGUCGCCGUGCUCACCGCCGUCACGCUCACGGUGCCCAUCGUGCUCUUUCCUGUGCGGCGGGCCAUCCAGCAGAUGAUGUUUCCCAACCAGACCUUCAACUGGCCGCGCCACGUCGCCAUCGCCUUCACUCUGCUCACCUUCAUCAACCUGCUGGUCAUCUUCGCCCCCAACAUCUUGGGCAUCUUUGGGGUCAUAGGUGCCACAUCUGCACCUUGCCUGAUCUUCAUCUUCCCUGCUGUCUUCUACAUUCGUAUCGUACCCAAAGAGGAGGAGCCGCUGCACUCGCCCCCCAAAGUCAUGGCGGCGUGCUUUGCUGGGAUUGGCUUCCUGUUCAUGAUCAUGAGUCUCAGCUUUAUCAUCAUUGACUGGACUUCAGGCACCAGCAAAGCCAGCGGUGGCCACUAACCAGGCAGGCCUCCGCCCUCGUCCGAGUCUUCAACUUGUCUUUGUUUUAUUUGUUUAGUUUGGGCGUUGUCGGUAUUGACGGUUUUACUGUGGGUCGCGUUCUGUCUUCCGUAGAGGAUACCGGCGGCGGACGAGGAAUCGCGCGGUGAGUUCAGGAAGACUCCGUGUCCCCCGCACACAUGCAACUCUGUACUGUACGUCUUAGCACACGGCUCCGGUGAAUAAAGAUGCGGAGCAACAAUGUCGGAAGCUGCCGUCUUUAUGCACCUGUCACGGUGCUGGAUGGCAAGUCAUGCAAUACUCAAACCUGCCACUCUUUUUAGCGUCCAAACGUCCGACUACAGCUGACAUCUGCAACCUCCAUCUUCCUUCCAAGCACUUGUGUAGCACAACUUCAAGAUACAUUCCUUCCUCCACAAGAUAUAUUUGUAUCAUCAAACAAAGCUCCUAUUACAAUUGAGCCAUCACAGUACCGUAGUCACUCGGAUAUCGGACGGUGUUUUUACCCGAGGGAUGCUCCGAUCGAUCAACGACUGACAAUUUCCGUGAAAAAGCACGUGAUCGGCGUAUGCUGAUGAAAGCCUUUCAGCGCCGAUCACCUGUGGCUUGAUCCUUGAAUGCCGCUCGACUUUUUUGCCAAGACAAAAACAAACAUGUCUGCCGUGUGGAACUUACCCGCCAACGCGUGCCACGGAAAAUAUCUGGCAGGGGGUGGCAUGUUGAAAAGCCUGAACUUAAUACGGCAUUUGAACACUCGACCGAGUGUGCUGAGUUUGACAAAGCGCCACAUGUAGAUAUGCUCAGAAGCUACAAAUAUUUCAAGAAAAAAAGCGUCUCACCUUUGUCACGUAGGUGAAAAAGCAUGUGAUUAACUCAAUCAAUCCCAGCCAUUUUUCAAAAGGCAACCCCUUCAGUAGCGGCCAUUUUAGAGCAUUUAGACUGAUCAUUCAAGGCACACAGAAUAUUGUGUUGUAUGGCGAUAUCAACAUGGAACCUACCGAAAGAAGGAUUAGACUCGCAUCUUUCAGGAAAAAAAGUUAGUUUGUACCUUUUUGCGUUCGUUAGUAAUCAGCAGUAGAACACAGAGCAGGUAGGUUUCAGGAAAGAAAAGGGAGAAUGGACCAGCUUUUUCAAUGACUUCAUAUCAGCUUCGCUCUGUUUUAUUUUCCAAAUGUUUCAACUUUCUUCGUAAAUAUUCUUCACACGUUUUCUUUUCGUAAUAUUAUGACUUAUUUCCACAAUAUUAUAACUUUUUCCCACAACCUCAUUUUAAUUUUUUUUUUUAAAUGACGUAUUUUUUUCUUUAAUAUUUCAUCUCUGUGCUAAUAAAAUUACAUUAUUUUUUCUUGUAAUAUUUGGACUUCAUUCUGGUAAAAUUACUGCUGUUUUUUUCCAUUUCUACUGUUUAAUUUUCCAACUAUUUCCACUUUCUUCUUGUCCGUUUUCUUUUCUUAAUUAUGACUUUAUUCCCAUAUUUUGACUUUUUCUGCAACCCAAUUUUCUUUGUUUGUUGCUAAUAUUCUGACUUUUAGCGUAUUUUUUCUUGAAUAUUUCAAACUUUUUCUGCAACAUAAUUGUCCCAAAAUGACAACUUUAUUCAUUGUUUUGUUUCUUUUCUCAUGAAAAGAACACAUCUUUUAUUUUUUAAUAUUUCAACUUUAUGCUACUAAAUUGAGGUUAUUUUUCCUCAUAAUAUUAUGACGUUAUUCUUAUAAAUUUCCCAACCUAAUUGACUCAUUUUAUUAUUUUUUUAAUACAUAUUUUUUCUCUAAUAUUUCAUCUGCAUGCUAAUAAAAUGACGUUAUUUUUUUCUUUAUGUUUUCACUUUAUUCUUGUAAAAUUACAGCUUUUUUUUCAUUUCUGCUUAUUAAUUUUUUAACUAUUUCAACUGUUUUCUUCUACUUUUUGUUCUCCUAAUUAUGACUUCAGUCUGAUAAUAUUUGGACUUUAUUCUCAUAACAUUAUCACUUUUUCCACAACCUAACUGUCCAAAAAUGACAACUUUAUUCAUUAUUCUCAUGAUAUUAUAAUUUAGAUUUUUAUUUUUAAUAAUUACCCAUUUUUUGGGUCCCCUGACGGUCCGGGGAGCUUGGAAUUGUCCUAAUUUUACAGCCUGAUACGGCACCCCUGGCCAAUAACACUCAUCGGCCGAUUUCACUCAUGGAUGAUUGGUAUCGGAAUCGGCAGCAUAAAACCCUGAUCGGAGCAUCUCUAUUUAAAACAUGAUUUUUUUUCCCAUUUUUGUGUCCAUUUUUGUCCAAAACGGCUCUGAAAAAGGGGGGUCCGUCCUACGUUCAGGGUCGUCUUAUAUUUGGGUCAUUACAGUACUACUUAAAAUGAAUAGCUAAAGUGUUUUUAUUGCUGUCAUUAUUAUUUUUGCGUAUACUGAAGACCUCAAGAAAAUUACCUCUAAGUGUUUCUCCUCUUUUUGGAUUGUUUUGUGUCUUUGAGAGUUUCCCAAGAUAAGCAAAACAACAGGGUCCGUUUUUUUGUUUUUUUUAACAUCGUGUGUGUCUUUACUACGGGGGCGACGCUGCGCGUUUGCCCCUGUCGGCCACCGUACUUCACUCAUGUCUACAUUCAAGCAAUAGAUUGGACAUGCAAUCUGGAAUAGUUAGCAUCAGCACUUUCUUUGACAAAGCACAACAUCUUGCAGCCGUCCUUAAGGGAAAAGUGCACUUUUUUCCACAAUCCUUAUGUGAGACAUGAACACACACACGUCUUUCUCUGUUGUGUGCGUUCUAAACAUAUAAAAACAGCUAAAAAGAGGCUGCUAAUUAAUGCACGUAAUGGGACGCUCCAAUAUGUAGCGUUACCUUUCGCUCGUGGCCUGAGGCAUUGUGAGCGAGAGUUUGGUGAAGCUAGUGACUAUCCGGCUAGUAACUGGCGUGGUGUGGCGAGGUGUCACUACGCCAGUAACGUAGUUCUUGGGCGUAACAAUGUCGAUAACAAUCAUAAUAACAAUGUCGCCGCAGCUUGGUUAUUAUGCAGCUCACAUUAUGGAAAUGGAGCCUUGUUGGAGGCGGAAUAGGUGCGUCCCAUUACGUGCAUUCUUAGCUGCCUCUUUUUAGCUGUUUUUAAGGAUUAAGGAUUGUGGAUGAUAGGCAAAAUUAAAAAAAAACGCAGUUUUCCUUUGGGGGGGGACAUGUUUCCUGCACUUUUUCAAAAGGCCGUUUUGGUCCUCUGUAUUUUUACCGUCUAAAAACUGAUGUCACGCUAUAUGGUCGUCCCUCGCAAUAUCGCGUUUUUUCAGAAAAUGUAUUAAUUACUAAAUGAUGGCUCUUUUACUGUAUGGUAGACUAUUAUUAGUCAAAACAUAUGUAAAUACAAGUGAUAUGUAGCAUUGUGGUCACUAGGCGAGUUUUUUCUCGUAAAUUUCCGACUUUAGUCUAAUAAGAUUACAAGUUUUUUCUCAUAAAUUUAUGACUUUAUUCCUGUAAAUUUCUGACUUUAUUGUCAUAAGUUUCUGACAUUUCUCGGAAAUUUACAACUUUAUUCUCAUAAAUUUACGACUUUUUUUCUCAUAAAUUUACGACUUUAUUCUCGUAAUAUUACAACUUUUUUCUUGUAAAUUCAUGACUUUAUUCUCUUAAAUUUCCAACUUUAUUCUCAUAAAUUUAGGACUUUAUUACGACUUUAUUCUCGUAAUAUUACAACUUUUUUCUCGUAAAUUUACGACUUUAUUUUAGAAAUCUCCGAUUUUUUUUUCUUUCAAUCCCAGCCAUUUUUCAAAAGACAAAAGCCCCCAUACUCCGUCGUAGGAACCAAUUCCCGCUAUAUACGAGGGACGACUGUAUUAAAAGGAGGCCUGUCAAGCACUAGGACCAAGCGCAGACAACGGUCGCCCAAGCUGAAGCCUCUUUCACUUUAGACUGCCGCCAAGCUCAUCGAUUGGCUCAGCCGUUUUUAUGGGGUGGGGUGGGUUUAACGUGAUUGGCUUUCCCCGCUGUCAUUCCACAAGCACCCUUGGACUUCAACCCAGGUGUUUUUGUUCGGAGUUCGUCGUCAUCUUGCGUUCGUUCCGCCUGGGUGACGUCAGCUAAACGGACUUUAACAUCAUUUCCGGUAACAUUUGAGUCUGUGCCUGUGUGCGCGUGCGUACGUGUGUCUGGUCGCCCUCCCCCCCACACAUGCUGUAUUAGUAGAUCCGAUGUAAAUUCCACAAGAGUAGAAAUAUGUGACUGUGGAUGUCAGAAGAAUUAUGACUUAACAAAGAGUCUCUGCAGUGUUUAUUUUUUUAGACGUAGAAAAAGCAAUUCAGUCAAUAUCGUCGUGUUUAUGAAAGACAACGAAAUGAUAGUGGCGGUCGUACAGUAUAUACUCAAAUCGCAAGCACAUUCAGAGUUUGUUGGCUGAACUGCAGUGUUUCAAUACAAGAGUGUGGUCAGUGAUAGAUAACAUGCUGCUCGGAAUCAUUAGCGGUCUCGUCUGCCUUUCUACGUGUCAUCUUUUUUUGUUUUUUCGAAAGGACAGUAUUGUUCUCAUAUUUGAAUCCCUGUGUCCACAUGCAUCAUGAAUGACUUGUGAUUUCUGCUAGAUGUUGUAGCUGUGUGUAUGUACGAACACUGACAUUUGAAAUGUUUUAAUAUUCCAUGCAGACUUAAUUCCACUGCAAAAAGAGAAGUACAAUACUAAUCGCGGUGUGAUAUUGUGUGUUGAUGCAAGAUGACCUCUAUAUGAACCCUUACGUCACAUCUCAGUGAGCCUCUUUGUGAUUGAGCAUAUUGGCCAGCAUUUAUAAAUACAUGUAAAUACAUGUACACCCUUUAUAUUCUAUAUGCAUAUCUAGUUUGUAUAAUGUACAUAGCAGUUGUAGCUUUAGUCCUAUCAAAUAAAAAAUAUAUACGUUUAAUCAUUUUCAAAGUGCUUUUAAACCUUUUUGUCCUUCAAUUGGUGUCUAUUUUUCUCAAUAUUUUAAUAUGUCGCUGGCAGUAUUGUACUGUAAACAAUGUUGCAAUAAAGAUAAUGAAGUCACGCGUGUAUUUGUUGUCUCCUGUGAUUACACGUACAUUUGUUUUGCUGAAUUGUUUCAUUUAGAAAAUAACAUGCACUUACUUUACAGUUCAUUCGCUACACCAGUGUUUUCUCAUUUCAUCCACUAUGAGAA